ACCUGACCGGCCGAUCGCACCUCCCUCCCUGCCGGCCCGGCCCCGCUGUGCCCCCCCGGCGCCUCAGCCCGGAGUUAUCUCCCGGGGCGCUGGGGCACCCUGUCAGCAUUGCGCCCGGUCGGUACCGCACCCCACUGCCGUUGCCGCCACCGCUGGAACCGUGUCACCGCCGCACCCCGAUAGUUACACUGGGAGUAGGGGGAAGGGGGUUGGCCCCCGAGUGGGACCGCAGGGGUGCCCAGAGGAGCGAGGAGGUGCGGGAGGUGCCGCUGCGGCCGGCGGGGCGGUGCUGCCGGCACGGCUCUCCCCCGACCCGCCGCGGCUGGCCCCGGCUGCCGCGCACCACCGCGCACCGCCGGCAGCACCGCCCAGCAGGAGCGGCCCGAGCCAGGGACGGGGCUUGGCAUGAUGAAGCUUUGGAAGUCCUCAGCAAGGGAGCAGCCUGCCCAGGGAAGACAGCAAGGGGUUGUGGUCUGACCCACACAGCAGACAGGGCAAUGAAGCUGAAUGAGCGGAGUGUGGCCCACUACGCUACCUGCGACUCACCCACUGACCAUGCCGGCUUCCUCCGCAAGCGCGUGGAGCGGCAUCACCACCAUGCCCAUCACCACCAUGCCACCUCCUACCAGCGCCGCUGGUUUGUCCUUAAGGGCAACCUCCUUUUCUACUUCGAGGAGCGGGAAAGCCGGGAGCCUGUGGGGCUGGUGGUGCUGGAGGGCUGCACCGUGGAGCUGUGCGAGGCUGCCGAGGAGUUUGCCUUUGCCAUCCGCUUUGAUGAUGCUGGUGCCAGGGCAUAUGUGCUGGUGGCUGAUGGGCAGGCUGCCAUGGAGGCCUGGGUGAAAGCUCUAUCACGAGCCAGCUUCGACUACAUGCGGCUGGUGGUAAGGGAGCUGGAGAAGCAGCUGGAGGAGGCCUGCAAGAGCUUGGCUGCUUGCCGCCAGUCCCCGCGGAGGUCCUCCUCCUCCAGCAGGAAGAGGCACCUUUCCAACCCUGCCUUGCUGCCUCUCCAGGAGAAGCCUGCCGUCCUGGAGAAUGGUUACUCCACGUGGGGUAGUGGUGGUGCUGUCCCUGGGGGGGCCACCUGCCCUGACCGUGAUGGGGGGCAAGCAAAGCCCCCACCCCUGCCUCCCCGCCGGCGCUCAGCUGCCAGCAGUGCUGCGGGGUCCCUGGCACCCGGCCUCUCACCAGGCAUGACCGAGAGCCCUGUGUCACCGGAGACAGCCUGUUUCUCCAAGCUGCACGGCUGGUACGGGCAGGAGAUUGCAGUGCUGAGGCGGGAAUGGCAGGAGAGGCAGAAGAGGGGACACCCAUGACCAGUGACACGGGGUGUGAGCCGUCAGCCAGCCAGUGCACAGCGAGCUGUCUCCCAAGUGGGAAGAGCAAAACGAGGGACACUGCUUGUCCCCUGCCCUGGUUGGUGGCUGAGUGUGCAGUGUGUGUGUGCUUCGUGGGGCAUGUGGGAGGGACAUGAAUCUUCCCCAGACUUCAUGUUUCAUUUCCCUGAAGCUUUAUAUGGCUGGAGAAUGUGUAAUACCAGCAGAGCUGCCUUUGAAUGCUCCUCUGCUGGUGGUACGAGGUGUGGAGGGGGCCCAUAUCAGCACAUAUGCAAUGAACCUCACACAAUGGGCUUUGUCACUUGCUCCCCUGGUGUGGUCGAUGCUGUGGGUGCUUCCUCUCCUGCCUUUGCUUCACACUGUUUUUUGGUUUUAUUUCUCAGCGUGGGAGUUUGCACAGGUCAGCAUUUCUUAUUGUCUGUGGUCUUCCACCAAACUUCUGCCUUUGCUCUUUCAUAGCAGAUAAGGCUGGGCUCUUAUGAAAUGCCUCAAAAGGGGCACUGGCCCUGACGGGUGCUUCCAGCCUUGUGCCUCUCCCCACAGGACACUGUGAGAUGCUGCCGCUGUGGCUGGCCCAGCAGCUGCAGCAAUGAGGACUGGGCUCUUGUGUCAUGCUGGUCUUUUUUUUACCUUCAUACACACUAACUCUCCUCCCUGCUAAAUCCUUCAGGAUGUGGAUUUCAUGGGCUUGCAUCCGUCUCUUUGGGUGCCCAAGAUCAGCAGAAAGGCUGAAAUGGAGACACUAAGCCUGGUCCAAAGGAACAGCAAGGACCAGAAGCUCCCAGGGCUGAUCUGGACUCUGUUAAGCGGUAGCCAAUCCUGUUAGUAUCUCAAUCACAAACCUUCCUUGUUCUAAAACCGGCAUGCUAAAGCCUCUUUGCCUGGGCAGGGAUGAAUUUCUCUGCUCCUGCUAAGAGCCAUGUAGGGCUCAGCCGGCUCACUGGGCAGCAUGCCCAAGAUGGUGCCCACAGCCACAUUCUUGCAGGACCUCUUGCACUGCUGUGGCUCUGCCCAGCUCCGGGCAGAGCUGUGCAGUUGGAGGAGUGGGGAGGCGAGGGCUGCUCCCACAAAUGGGGGUGUGGGAGUGAGUUACAGGUAGCAUUGACUGUGUGUCAGCAGUGUCUGGGCUUGCCUCUCUGGUGUUAAAGCUGUAUCACUGCCUUCUACCAAAGCCAGCGCCCGACCUGCUAGUGCUUCCCUGAUUUCAUGUCAGCAUCACUCAGCUGAUACCCGUAGCACAUCCCAUCCUCCCAGCAUGUCAGGAGUGCAGCAGGGAGGCAUGCUUGUCUCUUUGCUGCAGAAACAGACUUGCCCUUCAGUAGGUCAGAAUCCUUGGCCAUGAAGCAGAUGGUACAAGUAGGUGGGUGCUGUGUCCAGGGGCUCUAACACCCUGGAGAUGGGGUUUAUAAAUCAUCUUCCUGGCAAGGGCUGUUUCUCAGAACAGAAAAAAUAUGCAAACAAUCUUGUGCUUCUUAUCUACCAGUGUUAAACCCGGUUUUAUUGCUCUGUUUUAUUAAGGAGCCUUGCUAGGAAAGCAAGAGGCAGUUUCAGGUCAUGACAGGUAGGAACCUAUUUGCCUUUCUGGAGUUAUAUGCGCUCAGCUUAAUACUCUGCAAUAGCCAGUAGAGAUUGCCAAUGCAGAAAUCAAAAAGACUUCCAUUAGCUCUUGGUGCCUUUGAAAACAUACCUCUGAUAGUUUUGGAUGAUGAGCUUCCAGCCUCCUGCCUAAUUAUAGCUCGAUGGUAUAUUAGAGGAAAUCAGAUCUUAAAUCAGAUCUUUCAGAUGCAAUUCCGGGCAGCGGGUGUUUUACCUUCAUAUGUGAGCAAUGCAAUCCAGUCCUCUCCAGUUUGUGCCUGUUUUUCUUUACAGUAAGUAUCUUUGAGUUCAGGAGGAUUCUUUUUAUUCUGCUUUUUUAAGUGAAAACAGUUCAGAAAAACUAGAAGCAGAUGGCCAUAGGCCAGUGCCCAGGCUUUCAGCAGCCCAAUUGGCUGGGCUUAGGAAACAGCUCUGCCUCCUUACCUGCUGCUUGAAUCAUUCAAGGGUGCAGCAUUUCCAGCUGGGAACCUGUGCCCUUCUCCAUGUCAUGGCAGCAGCAUCAAGGGAUGGUGCUGCUUGGUUCCUUCUCACUCUGCGUGUGGGUAUUUUGGGACCAGCAUUGGAUUUAGCAAGCAUUUUUCAGUGGUUAUUUUUUCUCUUCCGUGUAAUACAGAGGGAAGAAUAUUCCUGAUGCCUCAGACUUACAUAAGGCAGUUUGACAGUAAAAAUUUAACUUCCAAAAUAAAUCAAAAUGUGAUGGCAGUUCCUACAUGAGACCCAAGAAUCAUGAGCACCUUGAAAGGGAAAAUAAAUUAACAAAGCCAGUUCUGUCAAAACUGGAAUCGAAACUGUAUUAUUCAUUUAAGGGCGGUUUCACUUUUAAGAAGCUUAGUUUGUUCUAAUAAGCCAGGAUUGUGCUAGUAACACUACUAAAGAGCUUAUAUUUAAUGCUUUAAUCUGUCCCAUUCAAAUGGCACAAUUUGCACGCUACCUGCCUUUACGUUAGCACAUAUCCCAGCUAAAUCCUCAAUCCUGCAAAUGAGGCGCUGCUCUCUGCCUUCCGUCUGAUCGCAUUUGGAGUAAUUCUGUGGUUCAUUCUGCAGCACUGAGAAGGAAAUGGCUGAAUCCCAGUCAGUAUUUGUCCUCAGCCGAGCUGUCCAUGCCUGAGUCUUUGCUAGGUCACCAAAGUGCUGCGUGACUUUGGAUGAGCUUGGUCAGGGCUUCCUCAUCAUCCUGCUCAUGUAGCAGGGAUGGCCCUUUUGUGACUAAAAAGAGCUGUAAUUGGAGUCCUGCUCAAAUUUGUUUAGGAGUACAGGGUUUUUAAUAAUCACUGCAACUUCAUUAGGCAGGAAACACCUGUGUGCUCUGCCACCUCCUCUGAGAUGGAGCUAUCAAACCAGCUCUGCUGAGAGUCGCUUGUGCUGGCAGUGCCUUUGAAGCAGCCUCUGGGCAGAAGGUCAGACUUUCAGCUUCCUGAGAUCGCACAUAUAUCUGGUUAAUGGGGUAUCCUCUCUGUCAGCCUGCAGGCACAGAUCAUUAUGGGAAAAACAGAGAAUUUUCAUUGCACAUUGUCCCUGACAGCAGAAUAAGACUGAUUAUCACACACAGUUUUUCCUCCGGUCAUUCAGGUUUGGACUGUUUCACCUCCUGCUUUUGCUUUCCAUUAUUUUUAAAACUAGAAAACAUCUGGACAGCAUAGGACAGGUUUCCUUGCAAAUGGGGAGUUGAACACUAAAGCGGGAUGGCUACUGAAGUCAGAUUGUUUUCUAAGAGUUUUAUUUAGCAUAAUAACACAAAGCAAUGGAACAGAAAUGCUUGAAAUUAAAAGAAACUGAAGUCUCAAAGGAGGGCAGUUCUGCCAUGGCCUUUGUAAGCUAUGCCAAGAAGGGCUCCCAAUCCUGCUAAUAUAGUUGGUGGAAUCCUUGUAUUUUUCUGAGACUACUGUUUUAUUUCUGAACAUUACGUUUAUAUAAAACAACAUUUUUCCAUCGAAUCCAGGUCCUAGCAGGUUACUGUAGGAAGAGUAAUGAGACGGUUUCACCCAUGGACAUUCAUGACCAAGACUGGAUGUUUUCCAUUACAACAGCUACCAAAUUAAUAGUUUGGAGGUGGUAUCCCCCCAAUCUUACCCAUCUCAACUGCCUUUGCAGAGAAGCCUCAAUACCCUGCUGAAACUCACAGGGAACGCAUGGAGCUCCGUGUGAGGGGCACCUUUCUGCAGCAGCGAGCAGUUACCGGGCAACACUAUGAGCAACCUGCAGGAACACUCCCACCUCUUAGAAGUGCUUAUAUUUUAUGUACACAUGUAUCUUUCUAAGAGGCGGUUUUGCAUGCGCCUUUGUUUUACAUGCGGAAAUUGUAUUUUGCAUUUCAAGACGUUUGUCUUUUAUGCUGUGAAGCCAAAUAAACCGUUUUGAUUUGUAGCCUGUGCGCUGCC